AAACCUUUUUGAAAUCACUCCGACAGAUCCCAAGCCUGUCAUGAUGGAACUUAGUUAACCUUUGCUGCACCCAGUGCUGCUUCCAAGCUUCCUCGCAUCCGCCGUCCAACCGAAAACACCGAAUAUUCAAAGUCUCUAAUUGGCACCCUGCUGUGCAGAAGCCCACCAGUCUCCAAACCAUGCUGUCCGCCAGUAACAACUUCAACAGAAUGGCAGCAUUUUCGUAUCCAGAGGAGAAUGGCGCCAUGCCACCCAGAACAAAUAACGGCAUCACAUAUGCAACGCAGUCCAAGAGAUCCCAUGAAGACCGGAAGUCGGUUGUCUCGGACCAGCCCCUGAUCUACGAGGACGAGACGGGGCCUGGCGCCGUCAUGGCCUACCUGAAUGAGCUGCGCAAGCAGUACCAGUUUGCCGACGUCCACCUGUCCAUCGAGAAUCACAUCGUACCAGCUCAUCGGGCCGUGCUGGCCUGCAGCAGCCCUUACCUGUAUGACUACUACAAGGCGCUGGGCGAGAGUCACAGUGUUCCCCUCAAGCACCUGCUGGAGAACAUCAGCCCCUCUGCUGUGGAGUUGCUGGUCAACUUUGCUUACACCGGCAGACUGGAGGUCCCUUACUGUCAAGUGGCGACGGUGUAUCAGGCUGCCAGACAGUGGCAGAUGGUCCGGGUCAAGAAUGCAUGCGCUCGACACCUGGUACAGCAGCUGAGUACAAAGAACUGUCUAGAACUGCGUUCCUUUGCAAGUGAAGAGGAAGAUGUGGAAUUUCUCUCCAUUGUGGAUGACUUCCUGAAAAAGAACAUUGACAGCGUUGCUUUGACAAAUGAAUUUCAGGAGUUGCCUCGGUUACAGAUUGAGGUCGUGGCCACCAAGUUCGUAUCCAAAAUGAGUGACCGACAGCUGUUUGAGACGGCCCUGGACUGGAUUCGCCGAACUAUCAAAUGCGGCAAGCAACUGGAAGAUCUUCAGCAGGAGCCCCAGACUCUGCUCCUAUCGGAAAACAACACUUUGAAGGACGUGGAGGAGUUUGGUGAGAUUGAGCCGGACCUGAUCAAGAACUACAAGCUGGACGCCAAGCGCUGCCCGCUCAUCUCUCCGGCCAAAGUCACCAACGGCGUGAGCAACGGCGACGGGCCCAAUAGCAGCAACAACAGGAACGGUGGCAACAACAACAACAACCCCAAUGGCCCCGCCCGGAGGCUGGUGCUGUCACCGGAGGACCUGACCAAGGCCCGGUCGCGGAUCGAGAAGUGGAAGAUUGUCGCAUCAACAGAAAUGGGAGCCAAUCGCUACAUCGCCAUUACCAUCCUUGGUGGUAGCCUCUUUGUCAUCAUGCUGUAUGAGAAGCCAAGCAGCCCCAAGGUCAGCAGCCCCACUCCCAAGAGGUCUUUCUCCAUCGAGAGUGAGGGGAUACACCCCUCCCUGGCUACUUUAGAACAGCCCAGGUGUGCAGUCGGGGUGGCCAAGUUGGACGGGAAACUAGUCGCAGCGGGCGGCUUCAACCGGGACGAAUGUCACCAGUCAGUGGAGAUGUACGACCCCCACACCAACACCAUGGACAAGAUCGCCCCCAUGCAGACCCAGCGGGCCCGAUUUGAGUUUGGCGUCAUUGGCCGCAAGCUCUACGCGGCCGGCGGUUCGGAUGGCCACAUGGAUCUCCGAACAUGCGAGGUGUAUGACCCUGAGACGGACGAGUGGUCUUGGGUGGCAGACAUGCCCCAGGAAAGACCGAAUUCAGGUGCUGCUGUUCUGGAUGGCAGAUUGUAUGUGGUCGGUGGAUCAAGUGGCAACGUCGGUCUCCGUUCUUGCGAUGUCUACCACCCUGACACAAAUGUCUGGAUAUCAAUCAGCAAAAUGAACCAAAGAAGAGCACAGGUGGGCGUGUGUUCCUUAAAUGGUAAGAUCUUUGCGGUGGGCGGGUCCAGUAAUUGGAAUUGCCACAAUUCGGUGGAGGUGUACGACCCCAAGAGCAACACAUGGGGCCUGACCACGCCCCUCAGCACCAGUAGAAGAGGCGCUGCUGUCUGCACUUACAAUGGCAAGAUCUUUGCACUUGGGGGCAGCGAUGGUCAGUCUGUGCUGAACACGGUUGAGUGCUUUGACCCGGACACAGCCGAGUGGACCAACGUGGCCAGCAUGUCGGAGGCCCGCGUCAACGCCGGUGCGACAGUGAUCGACGGCCUGCUGUACGCGGUGGGCGGCUUCAACGGGAAGCACUUCCUGGGCACGCUGGAGUGCUACAACCCGGCAGGGAACCAGUGGCACACAGUGGCCAUGCACAUGAUGCGGGAGCGCAACCAGGACUCGCCCACCUUCACCCCGAGGUCACUGACCUUGUCCAUCGAGGAGGAAGAGGCAGAGGAAAGCAAGGAGGGGGCGGUGAUGUCUGAGGGAGCCACUUCGCAGUAGGUGGCACCACACUUGCCCGUGUAACUCACAAAACAUCCAAAAACCAACUCACUUUCUGAAAACAAGUCUCUUGAAGUAGCUGUUGCAACAUUUGUAAUAGCAAAACUUGAAAAUAAGCGGUGCUUGCAAGAGUAAGGAAUAAGCACACGAUUACUGUGUGAAUUCUUUCCUUUGCCAACUUCAUAAGUCUAAUGAUGCCAAGCUUUUUUCUCGCAGUGUGGACAGUGCUGUCCCGCACACUCGCAGACAUAGUGUCAGUCGUGCAAAAACGCAAAUUACGAUGGCUCCAACUGGAUUGAGUCAUCUUGGUCUCAUCAUCAUCUGGCCCUACGUUAUUCCAAAGAGCCACUUGAAAAUUUAGGGAAAAAACACUUUCUUUUUUUUCAGUUUGAAUUUCCUAUGACAAUCGUCGAUGUAUGAAUGUCGAUGUUUCUGCUGUCUCUCCUUGCAUCAUUAAUUGCGUUGUCUUUUGUUGUAUUGGUUUGCAUUUGUGUCUGAAACCACUUGUUCUUGUAUAACUUUUCUCUGAUAUUAAUUGGAAGUUGAUAUUUGAUCACCAGUGAAAACCAGAUUUUUGUGCUACGUUUUCUUGGAGAACAAGGAUCGUAGUCAUUUGCUUCGAAGUGCACUUUAACACUUCAUUAUUGAAAUCUGUAGUGACUAAAGGCACUAUACAUGUCUGUCUUUAUUGGGGCAGUAUUGUCAGAGUUGAACUUUGGCAUUACUUUGACAUAGAGGACUCACAUAUAUAUUUUUCAGAAGUAGUUGAAAUUAUCAUGUUGGUCUGUGCACCUGUCUUGCGACUGCUGAGGCAUUAACUGAUUGUUGAAUACCUUGAAAAUUUAAGACUUUAGUCCAGUGCAUUUUUCUAUCAAACAAAAACUAGUUUUCGAAGCAAAAAUCUACUGAUUUUGAAGAUUCCGUCUAGUUUAAUACUAAUGAAAAAUUUCACACAAAAUAAAUUAUCUAGGCGCACAAAACUUGCAUUUUGUUCUAGCUCUUGCAAGUUGUUUUUUUGUCUCUUGCUUACACGUACAUGUUUAGGGAUGAUCAUAGAAAAUAUGUACUUGUACAACUUGA